AUGAUUGCAGCCAAGACAUUACGACCAGUGCAGCCCUAUGUCCUUCGCUCAGGCGGUGCAACAAAGGAAGCCGGCGCAGCGCCAAACCCGCCGACAACAGGUGCUGGAGCCUGCGUAGGCUGGGCCUGCACGCCAAAUGUGGGCGCGGCCUGCCCGAAUGCGGGCGUGGCUGCAGGGGGCGAGGGCGACCCACCAAAAGUAAACAUCCCGCCCGCCGGCGCACUGCAGCUAUUGCUACCAAAUCCGCCAAAGUUGGGUGCUACAGCUGCAGGGGCAGCGGACGCCCCGAAGGCAGGAGUCGAGUUUGCCGGCGCAGCUCCAAAUGCAGGUUGUGAUGUAGGCGCUCCGAAAGACGGUGCUGCGGCACCGAAGGGAUUUGCUGGUGCCGGUGCACCGAAGGACGGUGCCGCCGUUCCAAACGAAGGUUGCGGCGCCGGUGGCGCACCGAAUGAUGGUGCCGGUGCAGAGGAGUUCGACACAGGCAUCGGUGACCCGAAACUUGCAGGCGGAAGCGGCAAACUCUGUGUGGCGCCGAAUGUAAAGCUUGCCGCCGCUGCCGAUGACAACGACGCUGCCGCGCUGGAUGGAGCUGCACCGCUAGCCAGAGCAUUGAAUGCGAAACCCGGCGGUGCUGAGGUAGAAACGACGUUCGCUGGCGCUGAGCCCGAAAAGGCCGGUGCUGAGGACACAGCCGGCAUUGAGCUGCUGGGAGCGCCAAACGUAGGCAGUAUCGCCGAGGGUGCUGUCCCUGACGGUGCAGCCAUGGCCUCAACAGCCGGCGCAACCGUAGCUGCCAAUGCAAAGGCCGGCUCUGGCGAAGGGGCUUUGGAUGCGAUAUUCGGCAUUUGCGAGGCAGCCGUUGGAGCUCCGAAAGCGAAUUGGCCGAUACCAGUCGACGUGGGCUGCACAGUGACCACCUCCGGCAUGACAGGUUGUUGGUCCAGCGGAGCCCGUGGUGACCUAAAAACGGCGUUCGCCACAGAUGAUGUACUAGUGGGCUCGGGUGGUGCCUGUGUGCCACCUGCCGUCGUGGACGCCGGCGCCGGGGCAUCAAUCCUGUUGCGCGCCUCAGCUGUGCUCGGAGUGGGCGCCUCCACAACCGGUGCUGAGGCUGAUCCAGCGUGCGCGACACGAUCCGUCGUCGCAGCAACGUGUGGUACCGCAAUGGGACUUAAAGCAGCCAGCGGGCCGAACUUUGGUAACGGUGUCCCGGUUCGACCUGAUGAGAAAGCCACCUGGCCUGGGGCAAGGCGGAGAGCACCUGGGGCCGUUGGAGGCCGCGGUCCUAUGCCCAUGGGAGCUGGUGCAAUAUCAUAUCAUCCGGACGCGGAUGAAGCAGGCGGAAUGCUCUGCACGAAUGAUGAACUUCUUAAGCAGCAACGCGAGGCAAUUAUGCAGUGGGUCAAGUCCAUGGGUAAACGUCUGCUAACGGGCAGUAUAAAUUUAAUCAAUACCCCCUUUCCAGUCAAUAUUUUUGAGCCACGCAGCUACCUCGAAAAGCUUGCGGAUGUGUGGGUAUAUCCGCGGUAUUUGGCAGAAGCUUCUCAGUCUUCGGACCCGGUGGAGCGCAUGAAGCUGCCGUUUAACCCUAUACUGGGUGAGACGUGGCAGGCGUCACUUUCGGAUGGAACCACGAUGUUCAUGGAGCAAAUCAGCCACCACCCACCAGUAUCAGCUUUCCAUAUGGAGGGGCCAGGCGGGGCUUACCGUUUCUUGGGUCUGUCUCAGCCAACCGUGUCCAUCGUUGUGAAGUACUACGGCUUCAAAACUGUGGCCAAGGGCUUCCGCUACGUGGACUUUCCGGAUGGCACCCGGAUUGAGCUGCACUAUCCGCAGUACUACAUAAAGAAUGUGGUGUACGGAUCCAGUCGUCCACGUGCUGAGGUUGACGGGCAGGCCAUUCUUGUUGACGUCCGCAACAAGCUGAAGACGGUUAUCAAUUUCGGGGCGCUGAAAGGCGCGCGGAACAAAGUGCUGCGGAGAGCGGACGCUGUGUACGGCUUCAUCUAUGACUGCCGAGAUAACCAGGCCUCUCUGUUAGAGAAGACCAGCACAGCCGAUUUGGCGGUGAGGCUGGAGCACGAGCAGCACGCGGCUAUGCGUAAGGGCCCCGCGGGUCUGGAGGAUGACGAGGAGUUUGAGUCGGCCUCGGAGAACGAGUACGACCCAGAGAAAGAGGAGGCGGAUGCCUCUGCGGCGCUAGAGCAGGCGGCUGCGGAGGCGGCAGCUGCAGAUAGGCGUGACGUCGAAGCCGUUGCGCCGGACCCAAGUAUUGACGAGCUGCUGCCCUCUGGACCUCACAGGCGGGGCGCGACGGCCGACGGUACCUCCCGCCGGUCGCUCAAUGGGGCCGAUAUGGUUUUGCCAACGGUGUUUGUAUCUUCGCAUGGGACCGCAGGCAGCGUCUCUGGGUCUUCGGGGAACCUUCACCGAGUGGACGUCACGUCUAGCACGAAGCCACCAUCUAGUGUCACCGGCUCGUUCUUCAGCAUGUCCGCGUUGAAUCGAAUGGGGACGCUGCUCCGCAUUAACCAGGUCAAACCUGUGCAGACGACCUGUGCUCUUUUACUCAAAUCGAAGACCCACAGAGCAUCCUUCGCAUGGGUACUUCUAGCAUGUGCAACAUGUAUACUUGACGCUAUAGAGGGCGCUGAUAGAGACCCGUGCACACUGUUUGUGUUAGCCUCUCUGGAGCAAUGGACGGUGUGGGUUUCCGAUUGGCCCGGCAUCUUCAUCCAGGCAUCUCCUACGGCGGUCCUGGAUCCCACGCCUAACGAAACGGAUGGCAUUCCACUGGCGAGCAUUGAGGGCAGCUGGCUGUCGCACCUUAACAUCAACGAAAAGCGGUACUGGUGCGUUGCAACCGAGGUACCGGACCGCUGGCGAUCUGUUGCGCACCCGCUGCCUUCUGACUCCCGGUUCCGCCAG